AUGACACUGAUGCUCAGAAUGCUGUUGUGUAUUGGUCUGAGUGUUGGACACAAGACUACAUUACUGGCAGGGAGCCUUCCAAAGCCCAUCAUCUGGGCAGAGCCACGCUCUGCGGUUGCCAUACACACAACUGUGACUAUUUGGUGCCAGGGUCCCUGGGAGGCUGUGGAGUACCUUCUGUAUAAAGAGGGAAACAAAGAUCCCUGGGACAGACAGCUCCCUCUGGAACAGAAGAACAAGGCUAAGUUUCGAUUUGAACGCAUGUUAAAGGGCUUUGCAGGAAUAUACAAGUGUUACUAUAGGAGCCCUGCUGGCUUUUCAGAGCGCAGUGACACACUGGUGUUGAUACUAACUGGAGCCUAUGUUCAACCAAGCCUCUCUGUCUGGCCCAGCUCUGCUGUGACUUCAGGAGAGUCAAUAGCCAUGCAGUGUAGCUCAUCACUGGGAUUUGACAGAUUCAUUCUGAUCCAGGAAGGAAAAUAUAACUCAUGGACACUGGACUCACAGCAACAUGACAAGAUGUCAUUCCAGGCCCAUUUUGUUCUGGGUGCUGUGACAGCCACCCACAAUGGGACAUUCAGAUGCUAUGGCUAUUUUAAAAAUGUUCCCCAAAUAUGGUCAACAUCAAGUAAUGCACUUGACAUUGUUGUUUCAGAACCCAAGGAGCAGUUCCUCACUCCUACUGAGAAUGAACCUCCAGCCUCACAGAACCAACAUCACAUAGUUGAAAAUCUCAUCCGGAUGUUUGUGGCUACCUUGGUUCUAGUGACUCUAGUGAUUCUGCUGUUAGAGGCUUGGUACAGCAAGAAAAUGGAAAAAGACUCAAUUAAAGGAUAA